UUAAAAAAGAAAAGAAAAAUAUCUAUCCGACUGUCCCCCUUCUUUCCCUCCCUGCUCCCCAGCCGCGCGCCCCCUCGCCCCCCGCCCUUGACAGCCCUCGGAGUUCCCCCACUUUCACUUGUACUCCCACUCCCACCCAGCGCGGGCCGGGGGUCUAGGGGCGAGCGGGCAGGCGGUGGGUCCGGGCCGGCUCCGCGGCCGAGCCGAGCCCAGGCGAGCCCGGCCGCGCUGGCUCCUUUGUCUGCGGGCGGCUGGCGGCCCCGGCCCCCGGGCCCCCAGGCCCCCAGGCCCGGGCUGUGAGAUGAAUCCCUAAUCGGGGGGCGCCGAGCAUCGGGGGCGAGGCGGCAGCGGCUCCGGCUCCGGAUGCUCUGCUUGGUGAGCUUGCCCCACCACCAUACCCACUCCGAGUGACCAUGGAACCUGGAGCAGGGUCUGACACGUCUCUGACUGUCAACGAACAGGUCAUCGUGAUGUCUGGUCAUGAGACAAUCCGAGUACUGGAAGUUGGAGUGGAUGCCCAGCUCCCAGCCGAAGAAGAAGGCAAAGGCCUGGAAAGCAUGGCAGCUGACACUUCCCAGAGUGGUGGCCCUACCGAGGCAGACAAGUCCCCCCAAGAAACAGGGCCAGAAAAUCCAGACCCCUCUGCAGAGGCAACUGUAAAAUCACUGACCGGAAUCACACCCAGCCCUGUGCCCACUGCUGCCACCUUUAACCAAGCACCUAGCCAGCCUCCAGCACCACAGACCCUGACACCUCUGGCUGUGCAAGCCACUCCCCAGGUCUUGACUCAGGAAAACUUAGCAACAGUUCUGACAGGAGUAAUGGUUCCAGCAGGAGCUGUUACUCAACCUCUUCUUAUCCCCAUCAGUAUUGCAGGUCAAGUGGCUGGUCAGCAGGGGCUGGCCGUGUGGACAAUUCCUACAGCAACCGUGGCUGCCCUCCCAGGACUGACCGCUGCUUCUCCCACGGGGGGGAUUUUCAAACCGCCUUUGGCUGGUUUGCAAGCGGCUGCUGUCCUGAACACCACUCUACCAGCUCCUGUGCAGCCUGCACCACCCCUGCAGGUUUCCCCGCCUGUCCAGUCCCGGCCUUCCACCGCCCAGUCCCAGACGCUGUUCCAGCCCCAGCCACUGCUGCAGACCCCACCUGCCAUCCUGCCACAACCUGCUGCCACCCCUGCCCCCAAGCCAGCAGACACUCCUACGCAGAUCACAGUCCAGCCAGCAGGCUUCGCAUUUAACCCAGGAAUUAUCAGUGCUGCCUCCCUUGGGGGACAGACCCAGAUCCUGGGCUCACUGACCACCACCCCAGUGAUCGCCAAUGCCAUUCCCAGUGUGCCUGGGAUCACGAGUCAGAUCUUGACCAACGCACAAGGGCAGGUCAUUGGAACUCUUCCAUGGGUGGUAAACUCAGCCAGCAUAGCAGCUCCAGCUCCAGCACAGAAUCUGCAGGUCCAAGCUGUGACCCCUCAGCUACUACUGAAUGCCCAGGGCCAAGUGAUUGCUACAUUGGCCAGCAGCCCUCUUCCCCCUGCAGCUGUCCGGAAGCCCAGUACCCCCGAGUCACCUGCCAAGAGUGAGGUGCAACCCAUCCAGCCCACACCAGCUGUGUCCCAGCCAGCUGUGGUCAUCACCAGCCCAGCCCCAGCGGCCAAGCCUUCUGCUUCUGCUCCUAUCCCUAUUACCUGUUCAGAGACUCCUACUGUCAGUCAGCUGGUAUCUAAGCCCCAAGCCCCAAGUCUGGAUGAAGAUGGGAUAAACUUAGAAGAGAUCCGGGAGUUUGCUAAGAACUUUAAGAUCCGGCGGCUCUCCCUGGGCCUCACCCAGACUCAGGUGGGCCAGGCUUUGACUGCCACAGAAGGACCUGCCUACAGUCAGUCAGCAAUAUGCCGGUUUGAGAAGUUAGACAUCACCCCUAAGAGUGCCCAAAAGCUGAAACCUGUGCUGGAGAAGUGGCUGAACGAGGCAGAGCUUCGAAACCAGGAGGGCCAACAGAACCUGAUGGAGUUUGUAGGUGGAGAGCCCUCCAAGAAACGGAAACGACGCACGUCCUUCACCCCGCAGGCCAUUGAGGCCCUUAAUGCUUACUUCGAAAAGAACCCUCUACCCACCGGUCAGGAAAUUACCGAAAUCGCUAAGGAGCUCAACUAUGACAGAGAAGUGGUGAGGGUAUGGUUCUGCAAUCGCCGCCAGACUCUUAAGAACACCAGCAAGCUGAAUGUCUUUCAGAUCCCCUAGGGGCUCGGUGGAGAGGACCACUCCCCUCCCCGAGGGCCUGCAUUUUAGCACUUUGUAUUCUUUCCUGGGCACCCAGCCUGCAACUGCCACUCCCUGACUGCAGCCAGCCCUUCAUUUGGUGUAGUUGCAUUAAUCCUGGGUCUUGGUACCCGGCUGUGGGCUGCAUGCAUGUCUGCUGCCCAGCUCCUCCCUCCAUCUGUGCCCCGUGGCAGGGAGAGGGAAGAGGGGCAGUUCUGGGGGCCCCAGGUUCUUGGUGGAGGAGCCAAGAUCUCUGGAGAAAAGCACUUUGCAGAAGUGGUUUUAAGUGGGGAAUUCUCGUUGGGAACCCAAAUGCCUGCCCCUCUGAGGGGUUAGCAAGUCUGAAGGGACACUUACCGUUACACUCUUGUUUUCUGACAUCCUCUGUGUACAGAGGUGGCACAACCUCAUUCAUCCUCCUGACCCUGUCAGGUGCUCUGUCCCUUUUCAAGGAUCCAUGGGGCAGAAGUAAAUGAAGCUUGGGGUGCUGCUCAGGAGAUGGGUCCUUGAAUGCAGAGCCCCUUUGUCACAAGUCUGCUACCACUUCUUUAUAUUUCCCAUCCCUACCCUUGUUCCUUUGGAAACAAAUUGCACUAACGCAGACUCCUUUAUUCCAUGGUUCUAACGGGAGGAGAAAACUGUGAUUUCUGGGCCCUAGCUACCCCUACCUUCAGUGGAACAGAGGUCCUCAGUCAUUCUAGGAACCAACCAACCUCCCAGACUUGUAUAUAAUGUCAGUCCCUGGCUUCCCCUCAUUGCUUCCACCCCCAACACCUAAGGAGAGAAUUGUGCUUGGGCUGAGUGUGGUCUGGAAAACCCCACUGCCCGAGCAGUUAAACUCUGAAGAAAAAUGAGGAAGAGAAUGUUGUCUGUCUUCCCCCCGUCAAGCACAGCACUGGGGCCUCCCCAGAGGAGCAAAUUAAAUUAAAAAGCAAACAAACCCAGACAACUAGGCCUGCCUCAGGAAAAGGAGCAAAACUCAGCAGGAGCUGAUACUCCUCUUCCUGAUAGUCUUCCCUCUUCCUGUCUCCCUCACCAGAAGACUGAACUUUAACUUCCUCAGUCAACUUCUUGCCCUAGACCCUAGAGAUGAGAUUCACUUUGUUCAGAGGCUCAGCCCAAGUCUGUACAUGUAACUCACCCUGGCUAUACCCCUGAAUCAUUUCAGAUAUGCUUUAAAACAAAACAAAACAAAACACUGGCCUGCUUCCUUCUCCAAAAAAUUACUUGGUUUUUCUUAACUAUUAUAGCAUAGAUUCAGCUAUGUGACUACAAAGGGUCAGACAGGACUUGUUUCCUUAGAUAAGCCUGAUUUUGCUUAUACAACUUACCACUCUCUCCACUCCUGUUCUCUUACUUAAUGAGUCAGGUCCCUACCAAUGAAAGGGUACAAACCCUAGGGUGAGCCCACUCCCAAGUCCCCACAUGCUCUUCCCAUGGUUAGAACAGACUCCUCUCUCCCAAGAGGAUCUUGUCCAUUGCCCACCUCACCCAAAGCUUGGCAUACAUGGAGAGGCAGCUUGGCAAAAAAGUCAUGCCAUGAUCUUGCAGCACACACUGCAGUUAUAAGAUCCUAUAUCUGCUCCAGAUUCCACCAGCAUGCUCUACUUUCCUCCCUCAUUUCCAACUCCCAGCUGAGACCUCCCAGUCCUGUGCACUGUCAGCAUUUCUUAGUGGCUCUGUAACCCUGCCAGUAAUCUAAGGAUAGACAUGUUCAGGGUUAUUCUCCCUCAUUCAGAUCAAAUCACCUGAGAAAGGAGAAUGUAGUGGGGGAAGACCAGGAUUACUCUUCACAUUGCCUAAAGAAGAAAAUUAAUAUGAGGGAAUAAGAGAGGGACUGUAGAGGAUUAGGAGCCAAUAUCAAAGAGAACAUAGGGAGGCAUCCAGGGAUUUGCCUAGCUGAGGCUUCAAUUUGUGUCCCAUUUUAGUCUACAUCUGCACUCUCAGAAUUAGGUUAGAUCUUAAACAACCUCUCAGUGGUGGUCAGGACUCUUAUAAGUGAUGCUUAAUAAUAUCUGCAAAUUGCCUUGAACCCCAGUGACCUAGGUGAGCGCCUUAGCCUGACUAGCUUUUCUGUCUAAGAUAGAGCUUUCAGGAGUGGGAACUGUGAUGUCACUGAUGGUGGGGGUAGAAACAGACUUCUUGUCUUCCAUUACUCCCCUGGAAAAAUACACAGACAACCCCCCAGAUUAAUGGGAAAACAAUCGCUAACAUUAUAUAGCGCUUUAAUAUUUGCAAAGCACUUAUCUAUUAUUAGCUUAUUCUCUCAUUUGAUCAUUACAAAAUGUCUCACUGCUCUUUGAGGUAAUUCUAUCUGUGGGAGUCCAAGGUCACUGAUUGUCUCCUUGAAUCCUUUUCACUGUCAGGCACUAAGAGCAAUUGGAAUGAAUUUUGGGAGCCUUUCUCUGGACUUGGACUUGUAGCCAGUGGCAGCUAAGUGCAUAAUGGAGGAAGGGGGAGGAGGAGAAAUGAUUAGUUUUCUCUUUUUUCCUCGCUCUCUAAGAAGAAAGCCUAACUUUGUAGUUUUAAGGAGUUGAUCUGUGACAGCUGGGCACAAGGACAUGACAUGCCAUUUCAAAAAAGAUAAUAGUGUUUCCCAAAACAGUUGCCUAAAGGAGAAUGUGGCUUGUUGGUCAUAAGCCUGACAUAGAAAAUAAAUAGGCAUCCAGAUAGACCAGACAAUACAACUGGUCUUGGUCUGCAGACACCCAGAUGCCCUCCUGCCUCAUAGAUCAUACUUUGCCAAGUCCAUUUCUCUCUGUUCUUAUCCAUCUGGCAUGGGGCAAGGUCAGACCCUAUGGCGUCAAGUGGCUAUCUUUUUUGUUUUUGGUGGGGUGGGAGGAGAAACAUUUGAUGUAGUUGUGUGAAAUAAACAGUAUUUUUUUUCUUUUUGUAUCAGUCUAGUUGCUUCUCAUUCACUGAGUGGAAUAAGAUUCUAUAGGAAUCAGUAUUUGAGUCCAGUAAGAAAUAUCUAUCCAUCUAUCUAGGAAGGAAAGGGGCAAUAUUCCUUCCUGUUAUGGUGGCCAAGGAAGUCCUUCAUAGCCAUAUAUGGAGCAGGAAAAUAACUUUUAACACUUAAGAGAAAUUGCUUCUUGAUGGAAACAGGAAAACCAAAGAAAAGAACAGAUUGGGAAAAGAAGAGAAGCUGAAGCUUUUUGAAGUUGUCAAGCUUUCUAUGCCACUGAGACUUCCCUUAAUAUUCUUCUAGCAGCAGGAACCUAAAUAGUUCUGCAAUGUACCUCAGUGGACACAGUGGUCCCCUCCCUCCCUCCCUCCCUCCCUCCCUCCCUCUCCCUCCCUCCUUCCCUCCCUCCCUCUCUCUCUCUCUCUCUCUCUCUAUGAAAUGGGUACUGGUUUAAGUUUCAGAAACAGUCUCCACUUGCACAUGGAGAAAAUGAUGAACAAACUUGAACACAGAAAUGUUUGUGAAACUGAGAAGAGGAUAAGGAGGAAGAAAAGGCUGGCUAGGGAUAUUUAAGCCCUUGGUUUCCUAAGAGUUUCCUUCUUUCCCCUGUGGUUGUCCCCACCUCACUCCCCCACCCCACCCCCAUUCAUCUGUUCAAAAUGAAAUGUUUUGUCUUUUUUCAUUUUUAAAUUAAAAAAAAAUUUUAAAGAAAAAGAUUGCCAACCUAAGUGUCAAUGCCAUUUGAGUCUUCCCCAUUUUGAUGACCAGAGGAAAAAAAUUAAAUGUCUUUUUGGAUACUUUUUGUCUUUACAUCACAGUCAUUUCUUGCCCCUGCCUCCAGAUCGAACCCUCCCUUUGUAACAAAUAAAAAUAUUCAAACAAAAAACAUCUGCUACAGAGACCAAGUCUGACAAUGUACCCAAUAUUCUAUCCUUGUUGUCUCACAUCCCUCUCCUGUAAGAGAAGAGGUGUAUUUUGUUAUCUCUUUUCUGGGACCUUCAUUGUUGUUGUGUGGGGUUUUUUUGUUGUUAUCAUGCACAGUUGACAUUUUCAUUUGCACUAUUGUAAUCAUGUAUAUUGUUCUCUUGGUUGUGUUUACUUUGUUCUGCAUUAGUUCAUACAAUUUCUUCCCAUGUUUCUCCAACUUCUCCAUAUUCAUCAUUUUUUAAUUACCACAGUUUUAUUCAGUCAUGUCUCAAUGAAUGGGGAUUCACUUUGUUUCUAGUUCUUUGCUACCAUGAAAACUGCUAAUAUGAAUAUUUAGGUAUCCAAUAUUUUUUUUCUGUCCCUGACUCACCUUGGCUAUCUGCCCAGUAUUGGGAUUUCUGGGCCAAAGACUGAACAGUGGGGUCAUUUUUCUUAACGUAAUUCCAAACUGAAAUCUAGAAUGGUUGAAUUUUUUGACAGUGCCACCAAGUUGUUCAUGAGCAUGCUGGUCUACUUGCAGCACCUCCAACACUGCUCCCAACUUGAAACCAAAUUGUUUUAUUUAGUGUAAGGGGGCUGAUAAAUUUGAUGAGUUCCAUAACCAACCUGAUGAGAUGACAGUGCCUUUGUUAAUCAAUCAACUGGCAUGUAUCAAGUGCCUACUAGGUGCCAGUUACUAUGCUUGGCACUGGAGAUACAAUUGUUGUUUUUUUAAAGAAAUAAUACCUACUCUGAAGGUGCUUAUAGUCAUUCCAUUCUAUAGGGUGCUGGGGUUGGAGAGGGAAGGAAAUAUGUACAUAUAUAAGUAUAUGGAGAAUAGUUACAAGGUAAUAAGUUCAAAGUAGAUAGGAAGGGUUCCUAAAGAAUUUGAGAAUCACAGGAAAAUUUGUAUGAACUGAUGUAGGAUGAAAUAAAGCAGAAUCAUAGGCAUUUGGAGAGAUCAGCAAAGGCUUUUGUAUAGAAGAUGGUGCUUGAGCUUGGUCUUGAAGGAUAAAAAGGAUUCCAUGAGAAAGAAGUGAUGAGGGAGUAUGCCUGAGACAUUGGGGAUGGCCAGUGGAAAGACACAAAAAUGGGAGAUUGCGUGUCAUAUGUAGAACAGGGAGAAUGCCAGUACAAUGCAAGAAAGAAAUAUAAAAUGAAGUUGGAAAGAUAGUUUGGAGUCAGGUUUGAAGAAUUUCAAAAGUCAAAGAAAGGAGUUUAAAUUUUAUCUUAGAGACAAGAAAGAGACACUGGAAUUUACUGAGUAGGGGUGUUUGUGACACAUAUCCAUGUGUAAGAAAAAUAACUUUGGUAGCUGUUACAGAGGUUAGAUUGUAAUGGCGAGAGAUGACUCAAGGAAGUAGGAAGUUUUUGGAAUAGUCUAGAAGAAAUGUGAGGAAGCCAUGAACUAAACUGGUAGCUUUGUGAGUAAAGAGAAAGGGUUCAAUGUGUGACAUGUUGAAGAGAUAAAAAUGACAAGACUUGACAAUGAAUUAGAUAUGUGGGGUGAGAAGAUGAAGAAUUGAGGAUAGGGGACAGCUAGGUGGCGCAGUGG